GUGAUGAUAUCCUUUUAGGAGAUGGACUGUUGUGUUAUAUUACAAUAUAGACAAAUAUAAUACAUAACAAUGCAAUUAUCAUGAAACAACAUGUGUAUCAAAAAAUUAUAUGGUGUAUUGAAUAGACAACUUACAGCCAGUGGGGUCAUAAUUUUAACCUUACUUUUCUAUGUCUUCCCCAAAGGCAAUAUAUACUACCAGCACCCUGAUUUGAAAUGUCAUUCGAAGACAUCAGCCAAACUACCACCAAAUGUGCAGCACCUUUUGGCUUCACAGAUGAGGAAAGGAAGAAAAUCCUGAGUACUGUACAUAACGUUCCAGCACUUACUUCCUUAGAGCCAAAAAAUAAUUUAUUGAAACAACAUGAUUUUGUGAGCAAAAAAGAGUUGAGCCUUACCUUGCAUCUUUCAACCAUAACAGAAUAUGUGAAGGCAUCAAGAAUCCCAAGAGGGCUUCGCAUCCAUCUUGAACCAAUACUCUGCAAAGAAAAUCAAGAGUUUAGAGAAAAGUGGCACCAGAUACUUGAUCGCUGCAGUAUUGACCUGAUGACCCUGACAAGACAGGCAUUACAGGAGGAAAUAAAAACGACAGCACAAGAGGUCCACAAAUUAACAAAUGAAAUAAAAAGCACGCUGACUGAGGAUAAAGCAACGGAAGCCCUAAAUAAUGCGAAGAUUGAGCUUGAAAAGCUGCAAGAGAUCAUCCUACAGAAGAAACUGAAAAAGUUUAAACGUGACACGCAAGAUUACCAGCUGGAUCGGGUGUACUGUUGGACACAGCAGCGAAGAGGUGAGCGCAGGGACCCAGGAGCCGGACGCCAUCACCCACGUGGACGGCGCACUCCAGUGACGUCAUCGGGAGGACGAAGCGAACAGCGCAGAGACAGCUCAGCUUCCUCCGGAUCGCAAGACCGCACAUUCGAAUCGGUGACUGCAGGAGACAGCCCCACUACACCUGCCGGUUUUUUAUCAAGUGCACCAGGAGGGGAAACAACAGGAGGAGGAAGAACGCCGGAAGAAUGUGCAGGCAAACACCUACGGGCCCCAGCACACAAGGCGGGCAGACAAGAGGACAAGAACUACCCCCUGAGAAAGAGAAGGUAAAUGACUUGGUCAUAAACCUAUCUAAUAGGACUCUUGCACCUGAUGAGAUUGGGGUUUUAAAUAAGGGUUUAGGCUAUGUCCCCACGGCCAAAUGUGAUCCUUUCUUGGUACAAGUUGAAAUGUUUAAAUUUUUAAGAUCACUUAAACUUAAAAUGUUGUUCAUUGAUAAAGACAAAGGAAUAUUGCCCCGUAACAAGAAAGAUUUGGUAUACAACAAGCUUAAAGGGCAUAGCACGUACAAUCCAAUGGUGAAUAAUGCAUCUAUUGAAACAUUUGGUAACAUGGUUUACAGUGACAUAGAAAAAAAUCUGAAUAUGUAUAUCACUCCCAAAAGUAAUAAUCUUACCCCCAAAGAAAGAGAGGCAUUACUGCAAUUACAAAAUGAUAGCAGCAUUAUUAUAAAGAAAGCUGAUAAAGGGGGCAGUAUAGUAAUUCAAAAUACUGAGGAUUACUUAAAAGAAGUGGAACGCCAAUUAUCUAAUACCAGCCAUUAUUGUAAACUGAAGGGUGACCCCACUGAAAGGCUAAAGACAGAUAUUAAGGUCUUUCUGAAUGAGGCAUGCCUUGGGGGAAGUAUUACACCUGAGAUAGAAGGCUUAUUGACGAAAGAUAACCCCAGAAUACCUGUAUUUUACCUGUUACCAAAGGUUCACAAGACUCUGAUAAACCCUCCAGGGAGGCCCAUUGUAUCGGGCAUUGAUUCGCUACUUCAGCCCUUGGCAAUUUAUGUUGACACAUUCCUACAAGAAAUACUUCCCAAACUUUGCACAUGCUUAAAUGGAUACCACACAAUUCUUGAAUUUACUCAAUAACACUAAAAUAACGGCCAAACCUGCGAUGGUGUGUACUAUAGAUGUGAAGGAUCUGUACACCUCGAUAAGGCAUGAUGAGGGCAUAGAAUGCUGUAGAGAAUACUUGUCAAAGGAAAAAUUGCCAGGGCAUGAAGUUAACUUCCUGUGCGAAUGUCUGGAUUACAUUUUAAAAAGGAAUUAUUUCCGCUUUAACUCUGACUUUUACUUGCAGAUACAAGGGACAAGUAUGGGUGCUAAUAUGGCACCAGCGUAUGCGAACAUUUACAUGCAUCUUUUUGAACACAUGUAUGUAUUGAAUCACCCCGUUUACACAAAGUAUAUAGCAGUAUGGCGAAGGUAUGUGGACGAUAUGUUCAUGGUGUGGACUGGAACUGAGGAGCUCCUACAAGAGUUCUUUGGCUAUUUAAAUUCCGUCCAUGACACCAUACAAUUCACCAUGAACAUUGGUCCACAGACAGUGAACUACUUAGAUGUACAAGUGACACUGACAGAGAAUGGUUUUAUCACUGAUCUAUACAAAAAGCCUACUGAUAGAAAUAACCUCUUGCGCAGGGACAGUUUUCACCCAGUAGGGGUCACUAAAGGACUCCCUAAAAGCCAAUUUAUCAGGGCAAGGAGGAUAACAGCGACAGAUGAGUUAUACAAUAACCAAGCUGAGGAACUAAUUGAAAAAUUCUGUGCAAGGGGUUAUGAAAGAAGGGAACUGCAAAAAAUCAGCAGGGAUAUACUUAAAACGGAGAGGAAAGAUUUGCUGAAAGAAAAAAGUAAAUCAAUUAAGAAACAAAAUCUGGUAUGUGUAACAACUUAUGGUCCGCAUUCUGCCCUGAUUAGGAAAGUCAUAUUACAACACUGGCCAAUCCUACAAAAUGACAAAACUUUUGGGAGAUUAUUUGUUGAUAAACCCAUGUUUUGUUAUAAAAAAGGAAAACAUAUUUCUAAUGGGAUUACUAGGACUGACUUUAGGGGAAAACAAACCCACACAGCGAAAUAUAAUAAAAUUGGCACUUUCCCAUGCUAUAAUUGUGGACAUUGCAACGGGGUUAUCAGAGGAGAGAUUUGUAAACAUCCCAGUCAGGGGUAUGAUAUAAAGUUGAGACAUUUUGCAACAUGCGAGACUGAGUCAGUCAUUUAUCUACUAAAAUGUCCGUGUGGAUUUGGCUAUGUUGGCCAGACAUCCAGGGCGGUUAGGAUCAGGUUAAAUGAACACAAAAGUGUCAUACGCAAUUACAAACCUGAAACCAAGGAAGAGAGUAAGAUAGCCCACCAAAAAGACAAAGAGAAAGAAAAAUACAAAAAAGAAACACUAUUGGCCAAACAUUAUUUUGAACAAGGCCACAAUGUUGCACAAUUAAGAUGGCAGAUUCUGGAAGUGGUUAGAAAUGAUGCAGGUAAUGAUAAAACGUCUUUGUUAAGACGCGAGUCUUUUUGGAUUUGGAAACUAAAAACCUUGUGGCCAAAAGGACUGAAUGAGAAUUUUAGCCUCACAUGUUAUCUUUGAAGAUUUUACUGAUUUUAUCUUUGUCUUUUUUCAGAUAAGAAAAGCCGGUGGGAAGACAUAGAAAAGUAAGGUUAAAAUUAUGACCCCACUGGCUGUAAGUUGUCUAUUCAAUACACCAUAUAAUUUUUUGAUACACAUGUUGUUUCAUGAUAAUUGCAUUGUUAUGUAUUAUGUAUUAUAUUUGUCUAUAUUGUAAUAUAACACAACAGUCCAUCUCCUAAAAGGAUAUCAUCACGGACCCAACACCAUAAAAAGAGAUUUUCUUUGCAAAAUGGACAUAAAAUGAAAAAUGGACACUAAAGGGUUAAACACACAACAGACUGUGGUGUUAUGGGUAAAAAAGGAGGGGCUUUGUACUUAUAAGGUGGUUUUUUGCACAGUUUGAAUAUCCUGAUGAAGGGUGGGUAACCCCCCCGAAACGUUGAUCUUUGUGGUUGCACAAUAAACUGGGGUCAAUCCCCAUCUGCUUGAAGAUAUAGUGUGUGCGGAUCCGUAAUUCACUUCAUUUGCCUUUAGGGAUAGGCACUUAGGCCCUCUAUGGAAUGGAGAAUGGAAGCUUGGAGUGCAGUAUUGGGGUUAUAUGGGGUUGGGAGAGAAGCACCAGUGUAUGUAGGGAGGCUAAGUAGUUAAAGCAGAAAUGUAGGAGUUGCCAAGCCCCCUUUUCCCGUGGCUGUUAGUCUUUCCCAGGAAAUGUGAGGGGUACUGUUAGCCUUGAUGAAGGGGGUUAUGAUUGUAUUUAGAUUUUUAAAGAAGGAUAGAGGGAAAUACAUAGAAAACGUUGGGCAAUUUUGACCAUGUUCACACUUCCCCAUAGUGUAAGUGGUAGUUCGGCCCAGUUUUUAAGUGUUUGAGACAAAGAUUCAGUUGUAGGGUCUAGACUGAGCUGUAGGAAGAGCUAGAGGUCUGGGUGAACCCAGGUACUUAAAUGAUGCAACCCAUUUUAACUGUGUCUGUGGGGGAAGAGGUGGGGAGUGUCAAUGCUAAAUAGCUGUGAUUUCUCCCAAUUGAUACCGAGUCCAGAGUAUUUGCCCUAUACGUCCUGGACCAUGGUUAAUAGAGUGGAGAGAGAUUCUAAGGGGUCGGCUAGGUAUAUUAAGAUAUCAUCUGCAAAGAGGGACACUUUCCCUGUAAUGUCCCUGCCUGGUCCCCAUACAAAGUUGAAAGGAGGGGAGAUGAAGUUAUUAACCCUGACCUUGGCAACUGGGGACUUGUACAGUAGUUUGACCCACUAGAUAAAUUUGUUGCCCAGGCCAAAUCUAUGUAGUACUUCCCAGAGGUAGUCCCACUCUACCAAGUCUCGGAGUCCAGCGAGGCCACUACUCUGGAGCCUUGGCUCUUGUGUGGGAGUUGGAGAUUAGUGAAGAGAUGACGAAGUUGAAGUUCAUCGCCCUGUAAAGCAUGAAGCUGGAUUGGUCUGGGUCUAUUUGGUCUUCUAUGGCCCUGUGAGCCUUGUAGCCAGGAUUUUAGCUAAUAUUUUAGCGUCUGUAUUUAUAAGGAAUUUAGGGCAGUAUGAGCUACAGAGAGUUGGCUCUCAGCCUGCCUUUAGGGUGACCACUAUGAAGUCUUCAGCAAAGGAUGGAGGCAGUGUUUGGGAGUCUGGGCUGCUUGGAAGGUUUCUAGAAGGCGGGGAACUAUUAUUAGGACUUGUGACUUGUACCUGUCCAGGGGGAGCCCAUCUAGCCCAGGCUUUUAUUAGAUGGGAGAGUCUGAAUAGCCAUUUCAACCACCUCAGCUGCUAUAGUUAAGUCAAUGCAAAAAGAUUCACUGUCAUUCAAAGGCUGGUGCAAGCAGGGACGAAACUGUGUAUUUAUUUGCAGAUUAGUGCAACGUUUAGCCAUGAAAGUGAGAGUAAAUGAACACAAAUCUACUAUACAUAACUACCAUCCAGCAGCUUCUCAUAUACAAAUAGACCAAAAGGGCACUGUGAAGGUACUGGGAAAAAACUAAAAAUGAAAAAACUAAAAAGGCGACAUUGUUGGCAAAACAUUUUUUUUAAUCAAGGACAUUGAGUAUGACAAUUAAGAUGGCGAAUACUUGAAAAAGUCACACACAAGCUAGAUUAUGAUAUUAUACAAAUCAUUAUUGCAACGUGAAUGCUACUGGAUUUGGUUGCUACAAUCCAGGCACCAGAGAGGAUUUUAAUAUGUCAUGCUAUUUGUGAACAUAUUUAACUAACGCUUUUAUCCUCUCUUUUCAGAUCACCAGGCUACAUGAAUUUUCUACAGGGACAGACAAUAUUUCCAUUCUCCCUCCCCUCCGUGUAGGAUAUGAAGGGGGCGUGGGAGCUCCUACCAGCAACAGGUCACCUGCUCCCCAUACAAAGAUGUCAAUAACUGGAGGAUUGAGAAGGACGGUAAAGUGAAAGUGGGACUGUAUUUCAUUCCUUGCAGCUCAGAGUUUAAUUCAAGAAGGAGAAUCUGAUUACAUUUUCACAAGCUGGAAGUGGUUGGAGAGAAAGCUUUGAACAGUUACCACCAAAGCCUGGUGUGGAACAUGGAGGAGCACAGAGGGGAGUCAGUACCACUUAUCUUUUCCCACCUCUCCGCCAGACUCAGAUUCAGCUCUUGGACAACCCAGUGAUAUGAUAUUCUGCCAACCUCAGUGCCCUGACUUACUCUGCUUUACUAAUUUUCUACCUACUGCACCAGCGGAGAAGGAUCUACUAAAUCCCACAUGGUUUGAUCAGAGCAGAGGGGUUAUAGGAGAUUAUACCCAAGUAAUAUGGUGGUAUGUAUGGAAGCAACUACCCGCCAAACAAAAUGGUGCUAUGUGGGUGAGACCUUAAUUCUACUUGUUUGUCUGCACGUGUGAGAGAUAGAGUGUGAGUGAGUGAGCAUUACAGUGCAGUAAGUGUGCACAUAGCUACCUGUGGCUGUUGCACCGAGUUAACCCACCAGAUUGCCGCUGUCGGCCUGAAUGCAGUGUAAUGUCAUUUAUUCUGAUUUCCCAGUGACUCCCACCUGGACUUCACUUCCUUCUGGGAGUUGUUGUUCAGCAAGAGGCAGAGGGCUCUCUCUCUCUCUCUCACUCUCUCUUUCUCAUUCUGCACAGGGCCACCAUCAUUGGGGCACAGUCUUCCUAGGCCUAGUGGAUUUCAACUUACAAGGGGGCCCGGGAAAGAAGAAUCUGCUGCUGAUGCUAACUCUGCUGCUGCUGCUGCUGGAGAAGGAGGAAGGAGCCGCCGGAUAAGAAGCCCCUGGAGGGGGGUGAAGAAGACUUGCUGCUGAACUUUGGAGCUUUUUUGUUAUGUCUGUAUGUGCCAGUGGGUACAUGAGUAUACAGGCUACAUUCCAUGAUGGGGAAUGGUGGGAGAUUCCGAGGAAUGACCAUUAGAAACUGAACCUGCAGGCAGUUAGCCCAGUGUAAGAAUGCUUGGUGGAGCAGCUGUACCCACAGGAGGACUGGCAUGUGUCACUGACAGAUGAAGGAGUAUGACAGAAGGCGACCACUCCAGCACCAACGGGAGGAAAGAAAAAAGAAUGAGAUCCUGAUAACCCGGCACAGCUCUCUCCAGAGCCAACUGAGAAUCACUGCAUACAGAUUUCCAGCAUGAGAUGCUCCAGCUACUGUUGAACUACAAAUCCCACAAUCCCUGGAUGUUGUUGGCAGAUAAGAAUCCCAGGCAGCAUAAAAGAAGAAGAUGAUUGGUUGAAGAAUGGGAUGGUAUAUUCCACUGUGUCUCACAGCAGGGGGGUCAUUGAUGGUAAUGUUCCAGCCAUGAGACGUCUAUUCCAUUUCUGAAACAGAAAGUUAACCAGGCCAAUGCCAGGCUCCCAACUUCAGAUGCCCCCAUACAGUUCAGCAAUCCAUGAUCUUGCCACUGUCCAUUCAGCUUCCUCAAGCACAAAACCUGCCUGUAGGGCUCCUCGGAGAAUGCAGCCUUCCAUGCUGACAAGCACAGAGGUAACUUUGUCAUUGGAAUUUGGCACAAAGGGAGACCAUCCUAGAAGCCCAGUGACUCCUAGAGAAUAAACAUGAUUUCACAUUAUACAGUAUUAUAUAUACAGCCUGUUGUUUAAACUUUUCCCCCCAGUCCUCCCAGAUGGAGAUGAAAAGCUUCCAUUUUACAGAUGGAAAACAGAAUAUGCAGACGGCCAUGCAAGUACAGUACUCCUGUCAGUAAGAGUGCGCUGAAUGUGGCCUUGGGCAAGUCAGAGCGUGAAUUUAGUACCCCCUUAUUCCAUACUGUACCCCCUUCCUUCCAUACUGUACCCCCUUCCUAACAUACUGUACCCCCCUUCCUUCCAUACUGCGCCCCCUUCCUUCCAUACUGCGCCCCUUCCUUCCAUACUGUGCCCCUUCCUUCCAUACUGUGCCCCCUUCCUUCCAUACUGUGCCCCCUUCCUUCCAUACUGUGCCCCCUUCCUUCCAUACUGCGCCCCCUACCUUCCAUACUGUACCCCCUUCCUUCCAUCUCCCCUCCUGUUUCUAGCAACACACAAGAGAGUCUGUCCCAAGCGUCCGUGUCCGAUGAUCAAGUAAGGGUUAUGCAGAACAUAAAGGCAAAGUUGACCAGUGUUUACUAGUCUGCUGCCAUUUGAAUAUAUAAAGCUGGCAGUUUAUUGGUUGCUGUGUGUAAGGGCAAACCUUGUCAAUGUUUGUGCAUAACCCUGUGAGUGUGAGUUUCAGCUCUAUGACAUGGAAACUAAUUAGCAGCCAACCUAGAGGAAACAUGCUGUGUAGAUUAGGAUAAAUAAUACUUCCUUUCCCCGUCCUUCCCUAUAAUAAUCCAGUCCUGCCUCUCUCAUUACACGCAGUGACUUGGCCAUUUCAUUGGCUGCUGCCUGAGCGCCGCCUUUCAGCAUGUGCCUGGCUAUGAUGGCCGCCUGCUUGCUUGUGUGCUUUAGGUUAUUGCAGGUAACUAGACUGGCAGGCCAAGAGUUACUUCUUAUAUUUUCUUGUAUUCACUAUAGACUUGUCUCCCAGGACAAAGCAGUGAUACUUACCCUUUAACGGCUGCAGAAAGCAAUGAGAUAAGGAUCAGUACGUGGCAAGUGCCUGGUGGUACCGUCCCGAUUUCUUUAUCUUUAGAAGCAGAACGAGGGGGCAGAUGGUGUCGUAACAUUUGGAAGUCAUACGGGCAGAAUUGAGGUGUUGAUUGAUGGCUCACCCUGUUAAUAAUGGCACCAUGUGUCUGUGGUUUGUCCGGUGGCAAAACAAGUGGUCUCCAUUUAUACCAUUACUCUCUCUGCACCUGGGCCACUUACUUAAGGUUUUAAUUUCAAGGCCGAGCUCUUCUAGCCCAGUGGAAAGUCACCCGGCGGGGGCCAUCAGCCAAAUUGGGCUUUGUACAGGGACACGACUCUCAACAGGUAAAGGCCGAUCAUGUGACAAGGAGUAAUCUCAUGUGAAACAUCUUGUUCAUAUUCAUGGCCUCCUGGUCUGAGUUCUGUGACAAGAGACAAGACAAGACAAUACUCAUUUAGUCCUGUGCUAGAACUGAAUCAGCGAAGGCAAUAACUGUAAUUGCAACACCUCCCAAAAUAAAGGCCUGGCUUGAAAGACUGAAUUUUGGAUCAGCCAUCCCUAAUGUCAUUACACUGCGGCUCCUAGAUGGCAAGGUGACCUCUGGAGUCACACGGAUAAACCAGACUUUAGCCCAAAGACUACCUGUUGUCAUGACUUAAACAGACUUCUGUGUAUCACCGGAAGCAGCAUCUUUUUCUCUUUAUUGCCCCUUCUACCCCCCCUUAUACUCUGUGGCCAU